CAUUCAAGGUAAUCUUUCUAUUGCCGAAUAUUUUUUGAAGAUUAAGAACUUAUGUUCAGAGAUCUCAUUAUUAAAUCCGGAUGAGGCUAUCUCUGAAGCACGAAUGAGAAGAAUUAUCAUUCGUGGUUUGAAGAAAGAAUAUAUUCCUUUUGUUACAUCAUUUCAAGGAUGGGCUCAACAACCAUCCUUGGAGGAGUUUGAGAAUUUGUUGUCAUCACGGGAGCUACUAGCCAAACAGAUGGCUAGUGUGUCUAUCAAAGAAGGGGCGGGAAAUGCUCUUGUUGCUAACAAGAGGAAUUUUAAAGAAAUACAUGAGCGAAGUUACUCAAGAGAGAUGAUACAUUCUCAAUUCCAUGAGGGGUCAAGCUUGCCAAGACAGAAGGAAGAGUAUUCUAAUAACGGUAAGAAGACUAUUAAAUGUUAUCGAUGUGGUGAAGUAGGACACAAAAAAAGAUUUUGCCGAGCCAAGGAAAGCUACAUGGCUCAAACUGAGAGAGCUCCUGAAGAAGAAGAUUGGGGAAGGUGCUUUGUAGCUGAGACUCGAGUAGUAGAUGCCUUGGCUUCUCUCAAUUUCGAAAGAGGCUGGAUCGUGGAUUCAGGAUAUAAUACGGUCCAUCACGUGGAGAAGGAAGACACUGGUGUCAUCAACAAGAAGCAAGAAAAUUUUGAAAAUGUUCAGACUGGUGACGUGGUAGCUGUUACCGAAGAAAUCAACGAAGCAAAUCCUGAAGCUGGUAAUAAAAGUCUGGACGUGAGGGAUGUUGAAGUAGAACCCGAGCAGGCAGUGUCUGAAACUAUAUAUGGCAAUAGUGACCAUUCCGGAGAAAGCAUUGAGGGAGUUGUAGUGGAAGUUGAAGUCUCUGGUCAAUCAUCUGACAUAUCAGAGUCAAUCACUAGCUCAGAUCAAAUACUGGAAGCAGAUGGAGAAGCCGGCGGUCAAAUAAAUGAAGAGGUUGACCUUGAAGGAUCAAUUUCAUAUGGAGAUACAAGCAGUAUGAUUUUUGGAAGCUCUGAAGCUGCCAAACAAUUAUUGAGGAGCUGGAAAGGGAAUGUAGUUGUGGAUCCUAUCUUUGAUAACACAAUUGUUAAGGAGCUAAGAGAAAGGGGGAGUCUGGAAACUCAAGAAUGUGAAGUUCAGCAUGAAGAUGAUUCACGUGGUUCGCAAAGGCCAAAAAGAAAUGGUGGCAAGUCUGCCCGAUGUAGAGAUGAAAAUUUUAUCAAGACGUAUUCAUGUUUCUUUGGAGGCCCAAUUAUUAGCGAAAAACCAUCAUCAUUUGAAGAAGGAAGAAGUGUCGGGAAAACAUUGUUGAGAUCUUCACCAAGGCAUGUCCAAAAGCUUCGUCUGAGUUCUUUCGCGACAAGUUCAGGAUAG